AUGUAAAUUCCAAUUUUUUUGAAGAAUUCUAAAUUGGAGUGGCAGUUUCAGCUUUGUCCAUUAAAGGAGAUUUGCUUCUUGGUGAUCUUUAGUUUAAAGGUAUUCCUAAUGGAGAUUUGGUUGUAUCACCUGGAGUAGAAAUCCGAGGGAUAGCUUAUAAAAAUUGAACAUGUUCAUCUAUUGUAACUUCAUAUUUAGAACCAAAAGCAAUUUAUCUACCUUUUCUAUCGUAACGUCUAAACACUUUAUUGGUCAGUAAAUAAAAUACUUUAUUCUUCAUUAGGUAGUUCUUUUUUUAAAGCACUCUUAAUGGCUAUUUACUUAAUUUUUGUAUCACAUUCUUAAUUAAUCAUUUAUGGAUUUUAUUUGAAUUAAUAAAUAAAUUGUGAUACAAGGAGCUUAAAUAUAUUUAAAUAAAAAAGGAGCUUAGGGAAUUAUCAGGAUUAAAUAAAAAUUAUAUUAUAUAAUUCAAACCAUUGGACCCUUUGCUGAGACAUCAUCAACCAUUUUUUUCAAUUAAGGAUUUCCUUUAGAAUAUUGAAUUAAAAUACUUAAAUAUCUACCAAUAAUAGGAAAUUUAGUAGCACUAUCAUAUAAGAAGGGUAAGAAUGAUUUAAACAUUUAGAAGAGACCAUAAAUUUAUAAUGGGAAUCCAAUAAUUGUAAGUUUUCAAGAAAUUAUAACAAAGAAACCUAAAAAGAAGAAAAUGCUUCCCUUAAGUUUGCCUUUAAAUAUUAGAAUUGAUUACCUUUUUUCAAAAAGAAAUGCAAUGUGCUUUUAAUUCCAAUGAGCAAAAAUAAUCCAAUUAAAAAUGAUAAAUUUCCCAUAACAAUAAGUGCACGAUCUAAGAAAAGCAUAAUGCCUAAAACAAAGAGGAUAAGACUAACAGUGAGAAAUCCCAUUCCAAUUUCUAGAUUUCUAAUAUUGUGUUUAAUGACAUACUCUUAGAAUCAUCCAAAAAGUACAUUGUAAAUAUUUAUAAAUUAAAAUUAAU